AUGUCUGUUAUAUAUAAGCAAGGAGAUUCCAAAGUUCAAGGAGAAAAACGUAAGAGAGGAUUACCAAAAGUGGGUUGUAAAGCAAGAAUUGCAGUUGUGAGAAAGAAGGAGUCUGGAAGAUAUGCAAUCUCUGUAUUUGUCAAGGGUCACAACCAUCCAUUAACAAGCCCGCCUAGAGCAGGUGGCAUUCAAAAUAUUGGUUUUAUACAGCGUGAUCUAUAUAAUUAUGGAAGAACUUGUCGUGAAGAGAAGAAGGGGCAUGAUGGAGAUCUACUGUACAUGCAUUUUCAGAAUGAGAAAGAAAAAGAUUAUUCUUUUGUCUAUACAAUGGAGUCAGAUGAGGAAAACAAAGUAACAUGGUGCUUUUGGGCUGACUCAAUUUCAAGACGAGUUUACAGCUUUUAUGGAGAUACAAUCAUCUUUGCUUGUGCAUUCUUGAAUGAUGAGACAGCUGAUACUUUUGUUUGGUUAUUCAAGGAAUUUCUAAAUGCUAUGCCAGGAGAUGCACCAGAAAAUGCCUCCAAGAUGAUCAUUACCGACCAAGAUCCUGCUAUGACUAAAGCCAUUUCAGAAGCACUCCCACAAACAUUUCAUAGAUAUUGCAGUUGGCACAUUCUUAAUAAAUUUUCUAAGAAGCUAGAUGCGAUUAAAUAUCGGGAUUCCUACCAAGACUUUCAUAGCUACAUAUGGAAUUCAAGUAGUAGAGAGGAGUUUGACUCAAGAUGGAUUGAAAUUAUUGAGAAGAGUGGGUUGAGUGAUAACAAGUGGCUGGAGUUGAUAUACGAAAUUCGUUCAUCAUGGAUACCAGCAUAUGUCAAUCAUGUUUUCUUAGCUGGAAUGUCAAGUAGUCAAAGAGCAGAGAGUCAGCAUUCUUUCUUCAAGAAUUAUGUUUCUAAGUGGAAUUCAUUGGUGGAAUUUAUGGUUCAGUUUAAGAAGGGACUUCUUCACCAACGACAUUAUGAGUUAGAGGAGGAUCAUAUUAAUAUUGAUGAGAAGGCAAAAACUGUCAUGUCCCUUGACAUAGAAGAUCAUAUGGCCAAGUUUUAUAACUUUAAGGUUAUACGAAAGAACAUUGAUACUUGUAAGUCUCGUGAACUUACUUACGAAAAGAAAUUUGAUUUUGCAUUAUGUAGCUGUAGAAAGUUUGACAGUGAAGGGCUCCCAUGUCGGCAUGUUUUGGCAUAUUUGAUUAAGAUCCAAUAUGUUGAUAAAUUGCCUAUUCAGUACAUCUUGAAGAGAUGGACUAAAGCUGCAAGACAGAGAGUUGUGUUAGAUUCUAAUGGAAUGGAGAUAAAAGAUAACAAAGCUUUACUUGCAAGGUUAUGUGGACAAAGUGCAGUAGGUUUGGAGACCGAGACCAAGACUGCUACUAUUCAGCAUGUUUUUAAUGAAACAAAUCAAGUGAGAGCAAAAGGGUGUGGGAGAAGGUUGAAGAAAGGAAAAGAGAAGAGGAAAGUUAAGGUAAAGGCCAGUCAAGGUAGGCAAUGCCAUGGAUGUGGACUAUUUGGUCAGUCACAUGACAAAAGAAAUUGUCCAACACUUCGUGGAAGACCUUAUAUUGAUGAAGAUGGGGAUUCAAGUUCUACUAGUAUGGAUGAGGAUAGUUGUUCAUCAUCUCAUUUGGCAAAAUAA